AUGGCCGUCGCGCAUGAGUGGGAUUGCAUGAGCGACGAGAUGUUUGAGAAGCUGCACCGUCGUUGGCAGGCCCAAGACCAAAGUGAUCAGCAGAACGAAAACUCGGAGGAGGCGAAGUGGAAUGAGGUUUGGCAAAUACUCUUUCCCGGUCAGAAGCCUCCGUCACCGUAUUACGAUCUUGUUUUGCCAGAUGAUAGAGAAGCAGAACUGGUCCGGGCCCAGACUCUCGAGUUGUAUAAAGAGCUCGACCGAUUGUUUGUGACGAAGUUGCCGGAGUUGAUGCGCCAACGGAUGUCUCAAGAGUUCGGAUUAUCACCCACGGCAAGCGAGCCGAUCGCAACCGUGGCCCACGAGCUCAUCCAGCAGCUGCGCGUGAGCUGUCUUGGAGAUCUUGUACAGCCACAAAUGCAAGCCUGCUCUGAGGCGGCCAGUCCAACGGCGCAUGACCCUUCCCUUUCGCUAACGUCGCCCAGCGCGUGUACGCUUCUGACAACAGGCUCGCUCCAAGAAAAUCCUGGGACAGCCAGCGGUACCUUGCGAAGCCCUUUGUGUCCAACCUCCUACGAUCCAGCUGAGAUGGACGCAUUUGCAUUUGGCCCGAUUGAAAAUAUCGUCGCUUUCGAAAACAAUCACGUUCGGCAGGCACCAUACGGACCUCUUGAUGCUCAUUCGCAAAUCCCUGUGAACGACUACGGCGGGGGGGUUUUUGGACUCCAAGAUAUAUCCAUUCAAGGCUCGACGCUCUGGUACGGCUUUGGAGAAGGGGAAGGCCAAGUCGGCAAUUUCUUGAUCGACAAUUAUCGUGGCUCAUCUUGAUUAGUGCAUGGCUCUCUGGGGCCACCCUUUGGCGUCUCGAUCAUCUAUGCCGCCCUGCGACCGCCUUCGCAGAUCCGUUGGUCGUACGCCUCGAUGGUUCGUAGCAUUCGCUGAAGCCUCUCGUCGACUACGUCUGCGCUCUUGCCGCCUUCUCCGUCAUCUGGAAGCAUCAAUAGCCGAUCUGAAAGGUUGGUGACGUCUUGAAGGAAGCACAAAAGCAUGCCUCCCUUAACAUGCACUCCCUCUUGACCUCCUAUCGAGUCCGUCCUCGAACCUGGGGUCCAUUUCUGGGUCUUGUCCGGCCGCAGGACACAGCUUUUCGACCCAAUGCACUACGUUAGCUACAACACUUUGAACUUUCAUCAUGCGUUCCAACCUCUGGUUCAUAGGGCUACCGUGCUGCUUGCACUUUAACGUCAUCGUUCCACAGUCCCGACGAAAUGUUGAUCUUUGCGUAUUCUGAGGGAUGGAAGGUAAUUUG